CGACCUGCAUCCACCCUCUCUCGCUCUCUCGGUGCCACCCCUGGCCUCAGUCGCGCUCCGCGGCCAACUUAGUGCACACGCCACUCCGUUGGCCCUCCCAGGCGAACUCGCUCGCGCUGUUCUCCUCACUGCGCCGUGACCGUCGACGGUCGCUGCAUCGUCGCGCGCGCGUCAGCCACCCUCUGUCGCCCGUGACGUACAGCCGCACGACGAGUGCGAGUUCCCGCGUUCGGAGCGAGCUGUGAUCCGUGCGUACGGCAAACGUGCGAUCACACGCGCCGUUCUUCAACUCCGAUCCUCGCUGAUCGCGAAUCGCGCGCGCGAACGACGCACGAUGGCCAACGCGAGCUGAGAGAGAGACUUCGCGCGCGCCUCGAGCCAGAAGAGUACGAAUACGAGUGCGAGUUUCCUCCGUAAACCGAGUGCGCGAUAGUAAACACACCGCGGGAGACUUCCGGCAGAGCGGACGCCCGCGCCCCACAUCCGGAAGCGGAAGCGGGACACUGAGUCCUGCCUUCGUCCGUCGUCUUCGCGGAAGAUCGUCGUGGAAGAUCGUACGUCCACCUUCAGCAGCGGAGUCCGAAGAAGAUCACGUACGACGACUCGGCUCUACGCGCCGUCAGUGGCUGCAAGAGGCCGACGGGAUUUCAUGUUCACGAAUUUCAGUAAACCAGGUAACGAUGCGCCAGAGACCCGUCGGCCGAUGUCAAGCUGCACGGAAUCGGCGCGUCGGCAUUGCGAGUCCUUUCGCCGUGGCGGGACGCGCCGCGCUAUUGCGUCGCUGCUACCGCGAGAGAUCGGGAAAGGGCGGGAACGCCGCGACUCGCGGCGGGAUUCAUAUCGAUCGCGCGAUCGAAGGCACGCGCGACGCGCGUUCCCCCCGCGCCAAGGGGUGGAAACACGGACGGAGGGACGGAUGGUCGUCGUGCGUCACGUCAUCGUCGCAUCACGUCGUUUCGCCCCGAAAUUGCUCGCCCGACAGCGAAGCGUUGUCGCUCACGCUCGUUUCCCGCUUGCUACGUUCUCGAGACCUCGAGGAGUUGCGAAUAAAUUUACAUGGAGGAAAAGCGGAGCGCGCGCGUACCGUAAUAAUACAUUUUCCCGAACGACGGUAGUAGACCGCGCCGUAUAAAUAAACAGAACCGACUGCGGCGAAACAACGUCGAACAGCAAAUUCGACGUGAGUGAAAAAUUCGGCGUGGGACGUAAUCGCAAUUUCGCGAUGCCUCGCCGCCGGGGAAAAAUAGGGAGUUAUGCCGGGAGAAACGCGCGAAUUUUCGGCCGCGGGGUGUACAGAUCGCUCGCAAAUUGCUGAAUAUUAAUGUAGCAUCUGCAUUCGAUAAUGCGUUAUAUCGGAUCGGCUGCGUUUAUCAGCUCGGGAAUCAACUGUCCGCGAUCUCAUUAGGGGAGAAAAGUGCUCGAUAACGUAAUGCCGCUCGAUGAGUCAUGGGUACUGCGUGGGCAGAUAGAAGGAUGCAAUUAUACGCGGAAGAACCGAUGCGGUCGGAUUCGAAUUUCCAUAUUUUCGCUAUUCAUUUGCGCGAGUAUUAUUACUGCCCCUCACAGUAAAAGGUGCAUGGUAUUUCCGAUAAAAUAUGCCACUUUCAAAGAACGUGCUUCGCAAAAUCAACCGCGCACCCGCGUGCUUCCGCCCUUCUCGUCCGGGAAUGGCUUGUGGGGCGACUGAUAAAGUAGAAUUUUACGUAGCGAUAGGGCACAACCACUGAAAAAUUUAAUAUCUCAGACAUAAAUUCUAUUCCUGCAUGCUUGCCGCACGCAGAACGGAUGGCUGAUAUUUUCGAUGCAAUAUGUCGUCCUUUCGAGAAAUUUGUCUUUGAAAUAUCUUAUUUUGUUAUUCUUUGUAUCGAAAGAUGGAGAGAAAAUUAAUCGAAUAGUAUUUCAUUGAGAAAAAUAAUAUACAAAAUUAUUAAUGCCGGCAGUUAUUGGACAUAAUCUAUAAAAAGAGAAAUAUUUCUUUUCUAGAAAUGUUAAAAUAAAAUAAAAACCAGUGUAUUGCCAGAUUAAUGUGUAUUUUAUUUUAAAAAUAUUUCGACGGAUAUAUUGAUUUUUGGUAAAGGUGGAAAUUUGAUAUUUUAGCGUUGAAGAGCAGAGAUUGUGCCGAAAAGCGAAACGACUGUGGAAGAUCGCGCGAGCAUUUUGCUAAAAUGAAUUACGGUCGUAGACGCUCCUAUUUGAACAGCGACGAUUAGCGCCGCUCUUUUGGUGGAAAGUACAAUAUUUGACGCCAUCGGUUCGCGGGAAAUAUUGGUAUCGACCUAUCGCAAUUAAUUUUUGCGCAAAUGUGCUCUCGCGCGAAGAUAAUUACACAAUUCACAGCGCGUUAAUUGCAGAUACGGCACCAUUACGGAUACUAACCGGCUAAUUUUCAGUCUCGCGUUUCAGCGUCGAACGCAUUUUUCCCGCGCGUCGCGACACCGAUUGCACGCGUGUCUCUCACACGUACACGUCAUGGAGUGUCCCGUCAUACUACGCACACAAACACACGUCGAGCUUAAUUUUUAAUCUGCCACGCCGUGGAGAAAUAAUCUGCCCGCCGCUUAUUAUGCAAAUUUAAUCGCGCGUUUAUCGCGAGGCACGCUAAUCGCAGAUAACUUUCCCGCUCAACUUCACCGUUGCGGUGCGUUUGUUCCUUUUUAAGUCCGGCAUAACAAAGAGCGACUGGGCCUCGCUUUGUUUCCCCGGCAGCAGAUACGCCCGCGUUUAAUCCACCCCCCUGUGCGAUCUUUCUCAACGUGACCAUUAUGUCGUCACCGCGUUCACGGUUGUGCCGCGACUUUUACGUUCAGGCACCGAUUCAGGCCGCGCGGUUCUCGUUGCCAAAUAUCGCGUUCAUUCAAUCACCCCGUGGGGAAGUGUCUCUCUUUCGACGCGCGGCACGGAACGAGAUCCGAAGAAAAAUGUCCGAGAGAGCGGUGUGGAAAGAGAAAGGUAUCCCCUUAAUCGGUGAACUUGCUCACGGGAGUCCCGCACUUGCAUAAGACGUCUGAGCACAUAAGGGGGUGUCGGAAAAAUUAGCCGGUGGUUCUGGGUCGAUCCGAGGAGUAGAUACUCGCCGAGUACGCCGAGGAACGAGCCGAGUAACUCUCCGUGAUGGUUCCGAGAGACAGGUACUCCCGGGUGAGCUCAGUUCUCCAAAGUUUUCCGACUCCUAUCGUCUUCACGGGGCAGUUUCUCGGGACGUCUCAAAGCGUUUCUAUUAUUCGCAGCCGCUACUCGGUCUCUCGAGUCAUUCAGGAGAUAUUUCGGAGCGCGACGCUUCCGCAGUACGUCGUUCUCCGCUUCGCUUGCGGGCGUGCACACGCCUGUAAAAAACGAGGCGUAUUCGGCGUGACGUGACGCUCGCGUGUAACCAAGUACGUCAUCGAUGGUAUGGCGUUUGCUCGCGAGAAACGUCAGAUUCGUUUGAAGAUCCCGUGCUCAAAGCGUGCGCUCGUCCGCCUUUCGUCCCGUCCUCGCUUCGACAGCAUUAUAGUUGGGGAAAAUGCAUGCUCGAGUGCAGCGGCGCGUCCUUUAUCGGCGCGGACGCCCUAUAUAGAGCUUUCCCCGAGCGCUUCCACGUUAUCGCUCGUGUUUGCGUCACGGACUCGAACUUCCAAUUCCUAAUCGAUUCGCGGCGCCGAGCGGGAAUCUCGGAGCGAGAUAGAGAUAGAGAGAUAGAGAGUGAGAGAGACGCCGGCGUCUCUUCAGUGUCACGCGUUUACAACAACGAACACAAGUCUGGAGAAAGGGAAGAGAAGAGACUCGAUUUCUUAUUUUUCUACGCUUGGAGUCUAUUUUUUUACGCCUCGUGAACUGUACUUUGCUCAAGAAAGCCGAAAGGCUUCGGUUAAAUAGUUGACGUUAAUAGUUAAAAGUAAAUUCGGGAGAACGCGCAGCGGCAAUUGCACGUCGCCGAUCUGCCAACGGAUCGCGAUCGAGAGAAUGCGACACGCGAGCAUGCAACGCGUGAAGAUCCACGCGUCGAAGAUCAACCGGAAGAUGAGUGUGCCAAUGCUUCCGCUAUUUUGUGCGAGAAGCGGCGCUUGGCGUGCGGCGUGCAGCUGCAGUGCAUCGAUCACCGAUGCAUUUCGCCGACAUCUCGAACAUGCUUCCGGCGUCAAAGGGCCAAGGUCGAGCCCGCUUAAUGGCGCGGCUGGUCGCGCCGACAUUUCGCCGGCACGCAGGACACACAGGGUCGGGAUUGGAGAUAGUCAAGAUGGACCAGCAGUAUUGUCUACGGUGGAACAAUCAUCCAGCCAACCUCACAGACGUUCUCAGCUCACUGCUUGCCAGAGAGGCACUCUGUGACGUGACCCUGGCCUGUGUCGGAGAGACAUUCAAGGCACACCAGACCAUACUCUCUGCAUGCAGUCCGUAUUUCGAGAGCAUUUUCCUACAAAACACCCACCCCCAUCCAAUUAUAUUCCUGAAGGAUGUCAAUGACACAGAGAUGAAGGCAUUGCUGCACUUUAUGUAUAAGGGUGAAGUUAAUGUUAGUCAGCAUCUGCUACCGAUGUUCCUUAAAACGGCAGAGGCAUUGCAGAUCAGAGGCCUCACUGAUAAUAGUGUAAAUAACAAGACGGAGGAAAAGAGUCCGUCACCGGAGCCAGAAACACAAACUGGAGUCAGACAUACUGAUUCGCCUAACCUCCAGUCUCAUCCUGAGAAAAGGAGAAGAAAGCAUUCAGGCAGCUACGAUGUUUCGCUUUCUGGUCCACCUAGUGAGAGAUUCUUGUCCGAUUCUCAGACAUCCUCGCAGUGUAGUUACAAAUCAAGUCCUCCUGUGAUUCCAAAGUUAAAUAAUGCCCUGGGAGUUGAAAUGGAAGAUGGUGGUCGACCCAUGUCCCCUGCAUCACAACCGCAGGCUCCUAUAAAACAAGAGGUGGAUCAACAUUUGCCCGACUUCCAUGACAAUAUUUCCCUCCCUGGUCAUCCAGUUGGACUGAUAGGAGAAGAUGGAGGGGCCACGGCAGGAGCGCUCAGCGAUGGUAUUCAGGGAAUUGAAUCAUCCGAACACCAUAAUCCCCCGGAAAUGCUUGACGGACUCGAUGGUUCGAUGCCGAGCGUGCCGGUCGGCCUCUCUUAUCACGAGAUGUUCGCCGUGUCGCUUAACAGCCCGGCUCUGUGGAGAUGCCGUGCCUGCGGGAAGCAGGUGACCAAUCGUUGGCACCAUUUCCACAUACACACCGCGCAGCGCUCGCUGUGCCCCUAUUGCCCAGCCACCUACAGCAGGAUCGACACUCUGCGCUCGCACAUACGCACCAAGCAUAGGGAGAUGCUGUUCGCCGGGAAGGGGUCCUUGUAGAGGACGGUGAUUGCCCCGCGGAGGAAACGGCCGCCGCCACUUCCGCCACUUCCGCGUCUGCUCCAUGAACGCCCGGUCGCGCCUUUCUUCGGCUUCGGGUUACCCUGACCAUCGAGUCGCCGGGGUAUUGGGGCCCCAAGUGGUGACGCGUCCACGAGGGAGAGUGCACGGUGAAGCGGGCGGCAGGUCAGUUCGCUGAUGGUCCUAUCAAGGCUAGAUCAAGGACCCCGAGAAGAUUCGCGGAUACUGGAAUCUGUGAACGAGGAUCUGUGUCGAGAAUCUUGGAAGCCGAAAACGUGAAAAUCCAGAGAAAUUCCCACAAGAUUCUUAGAAUCCAACAGGAUUUACAACUUUAAAACCUAUCGUUCGAUCGACAAUGUGUGUCUUUGGUAUCUGGGAGUCCAGGGGUUUCUGCGAUCAAGUAUUGUUUUUCCAGCAGGGGCAACUGUCGUGGAGAGCGUUCUCCCGAGCCCCGAAGGAAGCUGGACCAGCGAUCGACGCGAUGUUAUCGAUUCGCGGGGCAAAUCCGUACGAUCACUGGCCUCAUUAGCGAUAAUUAUUUGCCGGUUAAUCCGUUUGUCGCAUCUUCGAACAAGUCGUCGUGCCGCUCUUAGGAUGAGAUAGCAAGGGAGUGAGAGGGCGUCAGGGAAGGACGGUUAUCGAUCACCGCGCCCUCGAAACUUCCGUCACAUCUCGUGAAGCGGCGAAAGGGCGACGCGACGGGGCGGGGAAAUAAAAUAGGGCAAGGGAUCUAUCGACGACGUGCUCACGCGCUGGGUCAGGCGGUAUGGCUGGCACGAAGUCAGAAUUUUGCGAGGACAAUCGAUCGAUAGUAGUGCUUCGAACAGUUUUCGCGAAGACGGUGUGAGCUGUGUCUUGUUCGGUUCUCUCUCUCGUCGGGGCGAAUCGCGAGAAAUUGUGUCGAGCAGAGUUCCUUUUAUAUAUAUUUUAGUUUAAACGGAAACGGAAAUUUGAAAAAUUAUUUUGUUUAUAUUUUUGUAAGAUCCCUUUAAAAUUGUCGCAUAUUCGAAUAUGUAAAGAAAACCGCGUGAAUCAUUGUUUCUUAACGAAUCAAACGUCUCAUGAUGGAAUUGUGGACUUGAGUGGUAUUGUUUUCUCUGAUAGUCCACGUGUCCAUCAGUGAGUUAAUAUAUAAUGGCAUUGUCACAAUUUCUGGCUAUCCGCUUCCACGAGGAUGUUACGCAACAUAUUGCACGUACGUCAUAUCGCUAUUGAUCGGUGCAUCAGUUCUAUUUCGUUAAUUGAUUUCGAUCGAAUCGCCUCUACGUUUGUCGAUGAUUCGGAUGGCGAAAAGAGGCAAAGGAGCGAAGGAAAUGCACAAGAGAAUGCGAGGUGACACGCGAAUGCCCACGCUUUCUAGGUAAACGGUCUAAUUAAUAUUCAAUGGAAGGCUGAAACGCGUGCUGUGAUUUUCGAACACCGAAAAACAAACAAAUUUCAAAGGGUACUACGAAUUAUCGUGAUAGCGACCAUUAUCAUUGUUACAAAGAGGAUCCUAUUAAUCUUAAUAUUGUUUCGUUACGCGCGAUCAUUAACGAUCAUUUCUCACGAUUAAUUCGCGUUACAGCGCAAGCGGUCUACGUGUGAGUGAACGAGAGUGAGAGAAAGUAAGAGAAAAAUAUAUACACACACAUACACACAAAUACACACAUACAUACAUAUAGAUUACACUGCCAAUCCUCGGUAUACGAGAGUGAAUCAAUUUUUCCUUUAUCGAAUCGUCGAGAGGAUGGAUAUAUAACGCACGUGUUUUUUUUUAAUUUAUUAGACACUGCAUUAAUUUGCACGACUAAAAUUUGGUUCUUCUUUUAUCGUUUUAUCGGGAUUUCCAUCAUGACAAAUAUCUGGUAUACGAUACAUUAAAGCCACAAAAUAAAUCAAGAUUUACGAAAUAUCCGAGAAUGUAAGAACUUUGGAAAGACCGAGCACUCGGUCAAUCAUUCGGACAGUAAUUCGUCGUGCGUGAGCAUGAAAUUUGACGCGUUUCCGAAUUGUCGUGGACCGAGGAUGGCGGUAAAAUGCACGCGACAGACGUUCUGUAAUAGUAUUACGUGUGUACGCGGAGAUAUGUCCUGUAUAUAUUACGGCGGUGGUUGGUAACCACACACGUACACACAACGCACACGCACAGAAGACACGAAUGUUCGCCGUGAUGUCCUGGCGGAAAAUUCGAGCGCUCCGUUAACGCGGAUGCGGAGCACUGACGUGGACCCGCCGGCAUCAUCGGGCCAUCAGUUUCCGGAGAGCAGUAAGUAUCGAGUUGCUUGACUUCGUAUUUUAUCGGUUGCGCGAUUACGACAGUAAUUAAUCGGACAGCGCUCACGCGUAUUACGCGUUGGUACAUUGCGAUAAGAGCGAUCUUGUCGACCUCGAGAUGACACGUCGGGCGCCUCGAGCUUCCACGAGAGGCGGCUUGAUAACAGCGUUAUCAGAUUUCGGUGCUCCGACGAAGAACAGAACGGAUCCGGGGCUCCUCAGACCUUGCAGCGCGACGCCCAAAAACGAGCAAGUUUUAAGCGAACGGGUGACUCGCGCCUUUCAUCUACGAACAUUUGCAUCCUCAGAGCUUCGGAUCAUCGAAAUUCUGUAGUUUUUAAACCAUCUUGCUAUUGCUGGACGCUUCGAAACGCUGUGAAUAUUUCAGAUUAUGUGAUGCUGGUACUUAUACGGUGAACGGAACGUUUCUAUCCGCGUAGAAGAUAAAUUAAUAUAAAAGGUAGCAUGCGCUACGAGUCACGCGAUUCUUUUGGGGGUAAUGUUGCACUGUUUGAGAGAGGAACUCCGUCUUGGUUCACCACUCGCAACGAAACAUAGGCGUCUCUCGAGAGACGCCGGAUCACUUCAGAUAUACCCGAACAUUUCUCUUUGGACCAAUACUCUUCAUGUAAUAAACGGUUGUAAUCGCUGUCGAGGCUCGUAAAGUACCUAAGCAAACCUCACGACGAGAUGAGAGUUUUUGACCGUGUGGUUCCUAAGGUUUACUCGUAGCAAGCCAAGUCACAACGGGAGUUAUGUGAUAUAUAUAGGGGUGGUAUACUGUAUAAGAUAAUAAUUCACAGGGACGGACUGGCCCGAUGUCUCUUGGCGAACGAAAGCGCAGUAUUUUCCUUGGAUUAAUAUUAAACGAAGUAGCGUAUCGUUCAAGAUUACGCAACGGCGAUUUAAAUUAUAUUGUGAGAUUAAUGUGAAAAGAUUCACAAGUUUUAACUUUCUACAUAAAUAGGUUUUUGAAAUGUAUUUUAUGCGGUAUUAUUACUUGAUUGCGAGAUUUUAAUGUGUAACUUGAUUGCGAGUCGAUUUUGUUAGGAUUAGAUAGCAGCCCUGUCAGCCAGUCCGUUCAUGUUAAUUUGCGUGUUGCGUAUAAUUAAUAAUUGCGGAUGCGAGUCGAGGGAUGUGGAUCGCGCAGCGUCGGCGAUUCCGAUCGCGAAGGAUGUACGUCGCCGCGACAAGACGCUCCAGUCUCGGACGCAUUUGUUGUAGUAUUAAAUAUGUAAAUACCGGAAACGGGCGCACGAGAGCGAUUGGUUUUACGUAUCGGCUCUUUCCUUUUUUUUCCCCCUUGCAGCGAUGCAGUCGCGUGACGUCACGAGUUUAUUUCUAUUAUUAAUAGUAUUCUUGGCGCAGUACAUAAGGGAGGGUGAGCGCGCCGGCGAACCCCGGGGUUCGUUCGGCGAAAUUACUGUAGCUAGUCGUACGAGAAUCCGCGUGUUACACGUCUCAAGCGCACCUUUAGCAAUCGUAGUCCUAGCAGUGAGAAUUCUUGAACAUUUUUUUUAUCGUACUUUUUAUAUCAUCUUUUUAGUUUUAUCUCUCGAAGGUGCAUCCUCGAGUUUCCGGGGGGGUGGGGAAAAGAGGGGCAGAAUACAGAGCCCACGGUUGUGAUAAAGACGAACGUCCGAUCUUCGCGCGGUCUUCGUUUGUAGGGGGAUGAUUAAGCCUCUGGGACAGUCUCGAGCGUCGUCGUCGUCACUCGUCGUCGCCGUCAUCGCAUUAAUUCCGUGCGGCUGUUGACUGAAAGUUGAAUCGGUUCUUUAACGGGUUAAAUCGCGCGGCUCUCCGGCCGGGCAGAAUGGCGAGCGGCUGCACGUCGCCGAUAACGAGGAGAGCCGAGCAGAGGGAUUCCUCGCGACGUACACUGUUUCAAUCGCGGGCUCGACGAUGGGUUCGCGCGAUGAUUUAAAAAGUUUCGCGUCCGGCGCAAUUAUCGGGGUCUGAGCUGUUUUCGAGACGUCCGCGCUGACGGCGAGGGUGCGGAUGCAACGGGGGAUGGACGCACACACGCUCCCCGCACUCAUUGUAAAUAGGGGGAGGACCGCGGCCGCGCGAGACUGGAGUGGUGUCAUCUCGAUGAUACGUCCAAAUGGAAUUGUGACGUUUCCUCGAUCAGAUCGCGCAGAUACGUCACACGCAGGUCGAUCCCGUCGGGAUUCUCCAUACGACCAACAUGGAGCUAGGUACAUACAUACAUGUAGGCGUACGCGCGCAUUACACAUAUAUUACAUAAUGCAUAUACAUAGGUAGCCAUAUAUGGAUGUACGGGGCGUACACGUCCCAAAAGGUGCGUACCGAGUACGUAGUUGUAUUUCCAGGAUUCUUCUGGCGACCCGCAUUUUUCAGGCGGACAUUCCUCCCCGGCGGGGCUUUAAACGUUGCUGUGUUCGACGCGGACUCGCUUCGACAGUGUCGCGACAGUGAUCUUUCAGUGAAAUUUCGCGCGAACGCGUUCGCACGGUCUUCCAGGUUGCGUCUCCGCUCGUUCGCUCUUCCGUCUCUUCCUUCUUAAGUUUCGGAGCGGAUCCCCCCGUCGAAUCUUCGCUUCAACUCCCCCGGGGAGCCGUGCGCGCCUCCGUCUUUAAUCGGUACACACUCUUUGCGAGACAUUUUCCUCCUCCCCGUACACGUAUCUCCGUGUUGGUGGUCCGGUGUAGCGGAAAUCGGGACUUCGGGCGACGGCUGUUUAAUUUGCUCAUGCCGCCGCGAUUUCUCGACCGAUCGAUCCGCUGCGGGAGGUGUCGCGACGCAAAUAUUGGCUUCGUCAAAUAUGUAGCUGACGCUCGCUGGAUGCGAGCCUCCUCCUCGCUUUUCUCCGCGGCGGAGUCGACGUCGGCGCGGCGCGGCUUGUUUUCUGUCUUCCGUGUUUGCGCGCGAUCCUCAGUUCCGUGCGAUUCCGUGUGUUAGACAACGAUCUCCGGUGACUCGAGCAUCCAAGCGGGAGCAGACAAAAGGGUGAUCUCCGAUCGGUGGUCCUGCGGCUAAACCGCAGGAUCCGACUCUUAGACGGUUUAAAAGCUUUAAACGGUGGAUCGCGGAAACGCGAGGACUUUCUUAUCGAGAGUGUUCUCGAGGAAGUCGUCGAUUUCCGAAGUUGGAUACCUGCGAGAGUCUCUGGACCGGUUGUACCAACGUAGACUAGUGUUAAUUUACGACUCGAUCGUCCUCUUCUGCGUUCUAAGUAAGGAUUAUAAGCCGGAAAAGGGGUAACAAUCGUUAAGCUAUAGGAUUAAUUGUCGCGCGCUGUCGGUGCAGUCCGGCCUCAGCUACUGUUCACCGUUAUAUCCGUAGCUUCUCUUUGGAUCCUCGAGUCAUCGGUCUGGAAAGCAUACGCACUGGGUGAUCUCUAUCGCACGCGAUCGCGUCCUGACGAAUCGUCUACCUUUGCGUUGCACAAGGAGAUUCCGCGAGUUCGUCUAUCCUUGCGAUCGCGGGUGUUCUCCCUCUUAACGAUCACUCGUUAGUAAAACGCUACAGUUCCUAGAUGUAAGUAUACGCCGAAGAAGCGACUUUCCGUGCACCUGGCCACCGACAUUCGACCGAAUUAUCGCCCUUGAUACCAAAUGUUCCUUAAGUUGUUUCUUGCGAAAAUACUCUUGUAAAUAGUCGACGUCUAACUGAAUAACCGAAGCGCGUGCGAAUCUUGCGAAAUGCGAGGAAGGUCGGAUUAAAAUGUGAUAAGAUGUUUGAAACAGAGAGAGAGAGAGAGAGAGAGAGAGAGAGAGAGAGCGCAGCGCGAGCUUCAUCGAUCACCGAGAUAAGGUUCCAAAGUAUACCAAGUCCAAGUAAGUGCUAAGUAAGUGCAGGCGGAUCUUUCAGAUCUAAGCCUCUUUUUUAAUAUUUAAUUAUGCGAUUAAUAUUUUAUUAUGUGACUCCAUCAACUUUGAUCACCGACAACGAAAAAUGUUAGUGAAGCUGUUGUUUUAGAGGUAAAUAUAUAAUUUGAGAUUCUUCCAAGUCGUGUUAGUAUCUUUUUAGGAUUCUACCUGUCAGUAUUUCUCAAAAUCAUGUAGUUAUUAUAUUUUAUCUGUCACGCGGAAGUAACGCAGUUUUAUUGAUCAGCUUAGUAAACUUUGGAACCUAGUGGCCAACACGUAUUCUCGUCACGACGGUUAGGAUCGAAAUGCCAGUUAUUGCACACUUGAUGUAACUGUAUAAAUAUCGAUAUCAAUCUGUCAGUCUCGUGUCUCUUUGAUGGUACUUAAAUGAAAUGAGGCCUGUCGGGCCUCGUCGCGUUCAGCGGCGCAGCGUCGGUCAUGUUCUUUAAGCGAGGUAAGUUAAUAAUAUAAAAAAAUUAUAAUAAAGGAAUAAAUCUUUUUCUCGUAGCACGUUCCUCCUUUGGCCCGACGUGCGACACGAGCUCGAAUCUUUUGUACAUAAGGAAAAAGAAAAGAAGGAAAAAGAAACGCCGCGGAUCGCGGGUGCGACGCGCGAAAGUUAAUAAUUAACUAAUUAAUUAAUUGACGCUCUGUCUUGUCGCAACACUGUAAAUCCAAGUGUGUACUUUUUACGUAUUUACGCGUGUAAGUUGAUUUUCUGUGUAAACAUUACGCACUGCACUGCAUAAAACCAUAAAUAUACAUACUAAAGCGUGUAAUAAAAUACAUUUUACACACUUACAAAUGCGUAAAAAGUGACUACAUGAUUUUACAUACAUAAGUGUGUAAAAAGUACACACUUGGAUUUGCAGUGAAGUCGUGAGCCGACCUUGCGUAUAAACUUAUUGCUCGUUUAUAUGCGAUGUAUUUUUGUGAACAGUAUUGAAAGUGCUACCGUUGUACAGUUAUCAUAUGGUAAAUGUACUAAUGAUGUACCUAUAAUGUACAUAUAGAUAUAUUUAAUUAAAGUGAUGAAUUUGUGUAAA